CCCACCAGGCGACGUCGGAACCACCCUGCGGCCGCCGCCGGAGACGUGCAGAUCGCUAGCAGGAUCAGCCCCAUGGAGGAGCAGCUAGCUUCUGUGAUCGGGGGCAUCGUUGGGGGUCUGCUGCUGCUGUUGCUGUUGAUCGGAGUGAGCUGCUGUCUCUGGAGGAGGCUUUGUGCUACCUUUGCCUAUGAGGAGCUACCAGAGACACUAGACUCAGCCACCACCACUGCCUCCAGCAGACAGGGGGACAGGUUCUGCCAGUAUACCAGGACCCCACCUAGCAGACCACCAAGUGUGCCAUUUGUGGUACCCCCUUCUCACCAAGGCUGGAUGCCUCUGCACAGUGGAGAUUGGGCUCUGGCCCCACAGCACCCCUACCUAGCCCCAGAGCACUUGCCCUAUGCCUCCAGUGCCAACAACCCUGGUGAUCUUUCUCUGGCUGGCCAAACCUUCCUCCCUGUUUUAGCAGGGACAUAUGUGGUAGGAACCAUCAACCCAGAGCUGUACAAUUCCCCAGAGGACAGGAGUAAAACCCACCUCCCUGAUGGCUGCCUGGGCCGGCUGUGGUUCUCUGUGGAAUACUAGCAGGAGACCGAACGGUUGCUGGUGGGCCUGAUCAAGGCACAGCAGCUGCAAGCCCCCUCGGAGACCUGCAGCCCUCUGGUAAAGCUCCACCUGCUUCCCGAUGAACGGCGCUUCCUCCAGUCCAAGACCAAAUGCAAAACCUGCAACCCUCAGUUUGAUGAGCACUUCAUCUUCCAGGUAUCCAGCAAAAGCGUUACCCAGAGAGUGCUGAAGUUCUCUGUGUACCAUGUGGACAGGCAGAAGAAGCACCAGCUCCUGGGUCAGGUGCUGUUCCCACUAAAGAAUGAGACCCUGGCCAGGGAUUGCCACCGCAUCAUCUGGAGAGACCUGGAAGCUGAGACCCUGGAGCCUCCCUCGGAGUUCGGUGACCUCCAGUUCUGCCUUUGCUACAAUGACUACCUGAGCCGCUUGACUGUGGUUGUGCUCUGGGCCAAGGGUCUCCAGCUCCAGGAGGACAGGAGUGUUGCCAGUGUGUUUGUCAAAGUGUCUCUGAUGAACCACAACAAGUUCGUCAAGUGUAAGAGGACUACGGCUGUGCUAGGCUCUAUCAACCCUGUGUACAAUGAGACCUUCAGCUUCAAGGCCAACAUCAAUGAGCUGGACACUGCUAGCCUUAGCCUGAUGGUGCUGCAGAGCACAGAAGGGGACAAGAGUCACCCAUUGGGCCGUGUGGUAGUGGACCCUUACAUGUAUGCCCGAGGCAGAGAGCUGGAACACUGGGAUGAGAUGCUCCGCAAGCCCAAGGAACUAGUGAAGUGCUGGCAUGCGCUCUGCUGCCCCUCUGAGCCCUGAGUCAGUGCCAGGACCGCGUUCUGCUGC